CCCCGAGCCCCCCAAGAUACAUCAUCAAGUACCUCCUUCCUGAGUUCUCUCUCACAGAAACGACGCGUCGACUCUCCCUUCCUCUCCUCCUUCCCCCUCUCUAGCAAUCGGCGAGCAGCGAUGGCGUGGGCGACACGGUUCCUGUCCGCGGUGUGCUUCUUCGCGGCGGGCGUCCUCUUCGCCCCAGAUGUCCUCGUCGGCGACCGCUCCGGCUCCGGCGCCACCGCCGUCACGGCCGCCAAGGUGUCCCACCUCCUCUGCUUCGCCACCUGCUGGGGCGCUGCGCUUUGGGCUACCUUCAUCGGUGGAAUCAUCAUGUUCAAGAAUCUGCCGAGGCACCAGUUCGGGAACCUGCAGGGGAAGAUGUUCCCGGCCUAUUUCACGCUCAUCUCCGCCUGCGCCGCCGUCUCCUUGUAUGCUUGCUCAUUGCAGAUGAUGAAGAAGAGGCACAAGAUCGAGAGAGAGCUUAGCAUCGGUGACGAGGUCGGGUGGUCGAAGAACGUCAAGACGGCAAAAAGCAACCCUACCCUCGCUGCGAUGAACAAGAAGUUUGGGAUGAUCCACGGUCUCUCAUCGCUGGCCAACAUCUUGUCGUUCGGCAGCCUUGCCAUGCACUCCUGGUACCUUGCCAGCAAGCUUGAGCUGUGAAGUGUACAAACACCCAGCUUGACCACGAACACGGUUGAAUCUAGUAUCAUCGCAAUAUGCCUAUGUUUUGUUCUAAAAACAGCUACAUGUUAUGAGCUUGCAAACAGAUUUAAUUGUAGACUUGACUUUGGAUUAUUGUACUUGAAGCAACUUGCUGGGGGAAUCGUUACCCCGUUACUGCUGCCAAAUGCUAAUAGUAUGUCUUGUGAGAAUUUUCCGCGAUCGCUGAA